UCCGAGCCACGUGGACGUGGUGGCCGGUUUGCGCAUGCGUCAUCUCGCUGGCUUGCCGCGCCGGUAGCCUCUGUGACUGUCACAGAGUCUUGUCAUUCUAACCCGGGGAACCCUGAGAACGUCGGGCAGAGAUGUCUAAUGCAAAAGAAAGAAAGCAUGCUAAGAAAAUGAGAAACCAGCCCACAAAUGUGACCCUAUCCUCUGGCUUUGUGGCUGAUAGAAGUGGAAAGCACUAUAACGGAGAGGGGAGACCUUUCCAAGCUCAAAAACAAGAACCUCAUUCUGGAACUUCACGACAGCGGCAAACCAAGCUGACGUCCCAUUCACUGCCUGAGCCUGAUGCAAAUGAACCAUCUUCCUCCAAACUCAUGUUUAAAAAAAAGGGAGGCUGGAAAGCAGGUCCCGAUGGGGCUUCUCAGGAGAUUCCCAAGUAUAUAACUGCUUCUACCUUCGCUCAAGCACGAGCUGCUGAAAUAAGUGCUAUGUUAAAGGCUGUGACCCAGAAGUCUUCCAAUUCCCUGGUUUUCCAGACUCUGCCACGGCACAUGAGGCGGAGGGCCAUGAGCCACAACGUCAAACGCCUUCCCAGACGGCUGCAAGAGAUGGCCCAGAAGGAGGCAGAGAAGGCUGUGCAUCAGAAAAAAGAACAUUCCAAAAAUAAAUGCCAUAAAGCUCGAAGAUGUCACAUAAACCGGACACAAGAAUUUAACCGGAGACAAAAGAAGAACAUCUGGUUAGAAACUCACAUCUGGCAUGCCAAACGGUUUCACAUGGUGAAGAGGUGGGGCUAUUGCCUUGGGGAGAGACCCACCCUCAAGAGCCACAGAGCUUGCUACCGAGCCAUGACACACCGCUGCCUCCUUCAGGAUUUAUCCUAUUACUGCUGUUUGGAGUUGAAGGGUAAAGAAGAAGAAAUACUCAAGGCACUUUCUCAGAUGUGUAGCUUAGAUGCAGGCCUGACCUUCGCAGCAGUUCACUGCUUGUCUGGAAAGCGCCAGGGCAGUGUGGUGCUCUACCGGGCAAAUAAAUAUCCCAGAGAAAUGCUUGGGCCCGUUACGUUUAUUUGGAAGCCAGAGGGGACCCCUAGUGGCACUUCCGGGAGCAGGCAGUUGUGGAUUUGGCUUCAUCCAACUGUUAAACAGGAUAUCUUAGAGGAGUUAAAAACUGUGUGCCAGUGUUUGGAACCCGUCAGAUCACCUGUGAGCAUCCCUAGCCCACUUCCAACACUGUCUCAAGAAAAAAGCCAAACUGAAAUGACUGAUGAAAAAAUUGGCAAGAAAAGAAAAAGAAAAGAUGAUGAAGAAAAUGCUAAACCAAUUAAAAAAAUCAUUGGUGAUGGAACUAGAGAUCCAUGUCAGCCAUGUUCUUGGAUCUCUCCAAACACAGGCAUUAUAAUCAGCGAUUUGACCAUGGAGAUGAAUAGAUUCCGGCUUAUUGGUCCCCUUUCCCACUCUAUCCUAACAGAGGCGCUAAAAACUGCUUCUGUCCACAUGGGGGAAGAGGACACAGAGGAGACGCCUCACCGUUGGUGGAUGGACGCCUGUAGGAGCACCGAAAGUGUUUCCCUUCAUCGCAAACAGGAAGCCAUUUUUGAGUUGUUGGGAGGAAUAACAUCCCCAGCAGAAAUUGCAGCAGGUACUAUUCUGGGACUCACGGUGGGGGAUCCUCGAAUAAACUUGCCUCAGAAGCAAUCUAAAGCUUUGUCCAGCCCAGAAAAAUGCCAAGAUAAUGAGCAAGUUAGACAGCUGCUCCUGGAGGGCGUGCCUGCGGAGUGCGCACAUAGCUUUAUCUGGAGCCAAGUGAUCUGUAAGAGUGUCACAGAGAAUAAAAUCUCGGAUCAGGAUUUAAACCGGAUGAGAAGUGAAUUGCUGGUUCCUGGCUCACAGCUUGUUUUAGGUCCCCGUGAAUCCAGCAUACCUAUUCUUCUGAUUCAGCAGCCGGGCAAAGCAACUGGCGAAGACCGACUAGGAUGGGGAAGUGGCUGGGAUGUCCUCCUCCCAAAGGGCUGGGGCAUGGCUUUCUGGAUCCCAUUUAUCUAUCGAGGUGCAAGAGUUGGAGGAUUGAAGGAGGGUCUAGUGCAUUCUCAGUAUAAAAAGUCACCUUCUGUCCCAGCUGAUUUCCCAGACUGUCCUGCUGGGGUUCUCUUUGCUGAAGAGCAAGCGAAGAAUCUUCUUGAAAAGUACAAAAGGCGCCCUCCGGCCAAACGGCCCAACUAUGUGAAGCUGGGCACAGUGGCACCUUUCUGGUGUCCCUGGGAGCAGUUAACUCAGGACUGGGAGUCCAGAGCGUGCACCCGAGAAAGGUCUUCUGUAGACUCCUCUCCAAGCAGUGAGGAGAGCGACCUGAGAAGAUGCGGGGUGCCUCACGCCCCCACACCACGUGCUGAAGCAGGCAGAUCUGAAAAUGACCCCGUGAAGUCAGAAGUCAUGGACACAGAGUGUCAGGACCAGACAGGGACUGAGAGGGUGACGGGCCAGGGUGCCAGUGAGAACCGUGUUGCUGUCACCAGUAGUCACUUCUGUGUUCUUAGGAGUAGAACAUUAUUGAAGCAACUGUCCGCCUGGUGCGGGCCCUAUUCUGAGGACCGGCAGGCAGUGCGCUGGGCCGCUGGCCGAGGCCAGCAAGGACUGACCAGAGAGGCCUGCCUGGCUUUCACAGACCGCUUCCCCAGGGCCCUGGUGUGGGUCAGCCUGUCCCUGCUCAGGAAGGGCAGCCCCGAGCCGCACACCAUGAUCUGCAUUCCAGCCGAGGAAGACCUGCUCCAGCUCCGUCAGGACCAGCAGUACUGCGGGCCCCAGGAGCCCCGGCACAGCGACCCGUUCAAGAGCAUGAUCCUGAAGCAGAAGGACAGGAAGAAAAUGGAGAAAAGGCGGAACCCAGGAAGCCUGGCAGCAGGGCCGCCCGAGGCCGGGCAGGAAGCCCUGACCCUGGGCUUGUGGUCAGGCGCCCUCCCGGCUGUGACUUCACACUGCUCCAGAGCCGUGCUGGGUUUCGUCACUCAGGGAGACUUUUCCAUGGCCGUGGGCUCUGGAGAGGCCCUGGGGUUCGUCAGCCUGACGGGCUUGCUGCAUCUGCUGUGCGGCCAGCCGGCGGCCGAGCGGGGCCUGGUGCUGCUGAGGCCGCCCGCCUCCCUGCAGUACCGCUUUGCGAGAGUCACUGUAGAGAUGUGACGCGGUUCACCGCCUCUCAGGCUCGGGCGGGACCGUGCCAAGUCCCCCAGCUGGACAGUCAGCUUUCCCUGUCUUCUGUUUCAAAAUAUGAUGUGAAACUCCUUGGAAACAAUAAAGAAUGACAUGUUAUGCAAA